AUAAAAAUAUUUUCAAGCAAUAUGAAUUCUGUAGUUUUCUAAAACCCACUCAUCGAACAUCCUUUUUUGCUAGCUGCAACAACUUUACUCGUCCCGAGGUUCAAAAAAAUUAAUUUCAAAGAUCCGUUCAAGUUCUUGCGAACUUAAUAAUGUGUAAUGAAAACAAGAAGCGAGUCGUCACUAGAAUCAGUAGAAAAUUAAGGCGAAAAGGUGAUAAUUUGAGCCACCCACAAGAUGAAAUGUGUUUUUCUUUAAAUUGUCAAGUCCUAGAACUAAAGUGGAAUAUCAUCGACGCUUAGGAGGAAAUGAAAACUGUUUACCCCAAACUCUACGGACUUUCGAAAAAAUACUGUCAUUUAGUUGUUAUCUCGGUGCCUGCUGCGGUGCCGCCUUUUGUCAAAAGCUGGUUCUACAGUCACCGAGAAAUGCGACAGCUUAACAAAAAAAACAUUUAUCAAAGCUUUUGUUUUUGCAAACUUGGUUAAAUAAUAAAUAAUUAUCGCUGCUAAAAAUACUAGUUUUAUUCUAUUUAAGGCUAAUUACCUUGUAAUUAGAAGUCUUUUAUGGAAGUGCUUUUGUGAAUACUCACUGUAAAAAAGUUACUUUAAAAAUUCGAUUAAUCGAUUAUAUUUCAAUAAUUGCAAUUAAUUGCAAUUAGUUUACUUUUGUCUUGUGAUUAAUCAUAUGAUUAAUUAAUCGAUUAUUUAAUUUUUUUUCCAUCCCCAUUCAAGACUUGUUUACACUAUGCCACCUAGGUUGCCGACAAUAUUUUUCGACAGAUUCUUCCUUAACUUUAAUCUCGUUAAUUCAAACUGAGGCCGUUAAUAAUAUGGACCAAAAACAGACAGAUAUUUCAUUUAACAGCGCUUGUAUACGACUGAAGACCUACAUAUUUCGGUGUUAAAUUAACAGAUAGUACUGUUUCUCCCUAAUUUGUCAAUGUGUAUUCACUUCUUUGACGGCAAAUGCCAUUGGAUGAUACGUAUGUAUCAGUAGCAUCACAAUUUACCAAUUUAUCUAAAUACAUAUAUGUAUAAAUACACAUUGAAAUUACAAGAGUAUAUACAUCGUGUAUGCUAAUGUAAACAAAAUGCUUUUAACCAAUUUUGACAGACAGACAAUUGACAAAAUGAGCAAUGGCCAAUGAAACAACAGCAACAAAAUUAAACUAAAAUCAAUGCUUGUAAUCAUAACUAACAUUUCAGAUAAAAAAAAUAGUGACUGAUAGUCAAUUGGUAUGCUGAUGUUCAUAAUAUUUAUAGAACAUUUACAUAUGUUAGUAUCAGUGUUCCCAACAAGAGGGGGAUAUUCAACAAUGAUGUUGUCUAACGUCAGUACGCCUUAUCUACAUAUCAUAUAAGUACAUUACCUAAGUAGAAUGUAUGUAUGUAGGAAUAAAUAUAAGCACCGCUUCAUAAUUGCUUUAUCAAUCGAGACAGGUGGACAACUUGGCGGCGACAAAUGGACGAUCCUCCGCAGCACAUCGCACCGCGCGUUUGGUUGGUUAGGACUCUGCCCGCCUAAUGAAAGUGUGACACUUUCCGGAACCAACGUAAAUGCAUUUAAUACGCAAAAGCUUCUAAUGAAAGUGAGUUGGGAUUCACAGUAGUUUGCGUUUAUCAAAUUAAUUUAGCAAACAGUUGUGCCAGAGCAAUGAUGAUAAUAGCAGGUGGAUCCUUAAGCGACUAAAUUUGUAUUUAUUUAUUGGUGCAUAAAUGAAGUUUUAAUGGAUGAGCAUUUACAUUCAAGUGUAAGAACGUUACAAGAAUGAUCAAUUACAGCAACAUUAAUUUCCCAGAGGAUCGCAUAUGGCUACGCAUACCCGACUGGGAGAUAGCAGUGAAAAUCAGCACAUUUGUACCUGUCAUCAUUUUUGGUUUGUAUGGAAAUUUCGUCUUACUCCAAUUGAUUGUGCUGAAUCGUGCGCUACGCACACCAACAAAUAUGCUAGUGGCUAAUAUGGCGGUAGCCGACAUGUUGACGCUACUGAUAUGUCCAGCAAUGUUUAUGAUAACUGAUUUUUACCAGAACUAUCAAUUGGGCUCGUUUGGUUGCAAGGCGGAAGGAUUCUUAGAUGUCUCUUUCCUCAUAACAGCCGUUUUAAAUCUAGCAGCUGUAAGUUAUGAUCGUCUAACAGCAAUCGUACUACCGACGGAAACACGCUUAACAAUGCGGGGCGUGAAAUUUGUAAUUUCCUUCACAUGGUUGGGUGGAUUUUUAUUUGCUAUGCCAUUGGCCUUGUAUAGGACGUAUAAGGUACGGCAGUGGAAAAACUUUAAGGAAAUGUAUUGCAAGGAGAAUCCAGACAUUUUACCCAAAUAUUGGUAUGUGCUAAUUGCGGUGAUGGUAUGGUUGCCGCUCAGUGUAAUGUUGAUCUGUUACACGGCGAUCUUCUUCAAGCUCGAUCGCUAUGAGAAGCGCGUACUUAACCGCGAGCAUCCACUCAGCGUAUCUUACAAGAAAAAAGUGGCCAAAACUCUCUUCAUUGUCGUUCUCGUUUUCAUUGCGUUUCGUCUGCCCUUCACCUUAUUAGUUAUUUUGCGUGAUCAGUAUGUAACAAAUACGGAUACCGCUGUGAAUAGUAGCUUUCGCAUACUUUUGUAUAUAUCACAGUUUCUAAUGUUUUUGAAUGCAGCCGUUAAUCCACUGAUCUAUGGUUUUAACAAUGACAACUUUAAACGCGCUUACGAUCAAACGCCAUUGUGUUGUUGUAAACGAAGGGGAAAUAAAUUGGAAUCCAACGUAAGUGACAUUAAAUUGUUUCAAAACCUUAGUUUGUAUCUAAUACUUAUUUUAAAUAUUUUAAAUAUUUUGAAUUAUUUUUAUUCUCUUCCUGCUUAAUUAGAAAGCUUCCUGUCGCA